UCCAGACUGAAUGCUAAAUGACGCUAACGUAACUUGUUAUUCAACGCGCCUGCAAAAUGCAGCAGUGGGUUUUUGGAAUUGUACUUGCAGGCGCUAUCUGCUGCAGUUAUGUGCAGGCUCGAUACAAAGCAAGGUACUGUCACUGCACAGUGUGCGAAAGCAAAAACCAGACUUGUGUAACAGACGGGAUGUGCUAUGUGACACUGGAACAGGCCAAGGGAGUGUACAAAUACACCUAUGGGUGUAUAAACCAGAUGAACAUGUGGCCCCAACAUCGACCGUUAAACUGUGAGGUGAACCAGAAAAUGGUGUCAAAAUUCAAUAUCCUGUGCUGUCAGACUGUGGACUACUGCAACCGUCAGCUGAACCCCACCCUUGUACCUACCACCAUGCGAGAACCUGAAGACAUGGUGACUCCCUCACCGAGUCCGGACGCCCUGCAGUUAGCGGCCAUCAUUGCCACGCCCAUUUGUGUGAUCUGUCUCAUCUUUAUGGUGAUCCUCUGUACCUACCAGCGAUUCCGACGGCCGAAUCCCUUAGGACAGAAUCCAGAGAUUGAACCCAUCAUGCCACCCUUUGGACCUGAAACUAUACAGGAGUCUUUUGAUUGGUCCCACUCAGGAUCAGGGUCAGGUCUUCCUCUGCUUGUGCAGAGAACUAUAGCUCGCCAGAUCACCCUACAGGAGACCAUUGGCCAGGGACGCUAUGGGGAGGUGUGGAGAGGACGCUGGAAGGGGGAAAACGUCGCUGUCAAAAUUUUCUCAUCUCGUGAGGAAAGGUCGUGGUUCCGAGAAGCGGAGAUUUAUCAGACUGUCAUGCUGAGACAUGAGAAUAUUCUAGGAUUUAUAGCAGCUGAUAAUAAAGAUAUUGGUUCGUGGACACAGCUGUGGCUAGUAUCAGAUUACCAUGACAACGGCUCGCUGUAUGAUUUCCUCAAUCGCACGAUGGUCUCAGUUCCUGACAUGAUCAAAAUGGCUCACUCAAUUGCCAACGGGCUUUCUCACCUCCAUAUGGAAAUAAUUGGCCAGCAAGUUCCAGGAAAGCCUGCCAUUGCUCACAGGGACCUGAAGAGUAAAAAUAUCCUCGUCAAGUCCAAUGGCACCUGCUGCAUCGCUGAUUUAGGCCUGGCCGUGAGACACGACCCUAUCACAGACACGGUGGACAUCGCCCCCAACAACAGAGUUGGCACCAAGCGCUACAUGGCCCCCGAGGUACUGGUGGAGUCCCUCAACAUGAGUCACCUGGACUCCUUCAAACGAGCUGAUGUGUAUUCGCUGGGACUUGUCUUGUGGGAAAUGGCCUGGCGGUGCUCAUUAGGAGGUAUGUGUGAGGAGUAUCACCUGCCGUAUUAUGAUGUGGUGCCGUCCGACCCGUCGUUAGAGGAUAUGAGACAAGUAGUGUGUAUGGAGAAACAGAGACCUUGUAUACCCAACAGCUGGCACUCCAAUGAGUCCUUGAGAGUGAUGGCCAAACUGAUGAAGGAAUGCUGGGCUCACAAUGCUGCUGCCCGUCUCACUGCCCUGCGCGUUAAAAAGUCUCUGGCCAACAACGCCAAGGAGUUGAAACUGUAGUGAAUGACCGCAGACAAGCUGUGAACUUGCCACAAGUUUGUGUGAGUGUGGAAGAGUGUGUGUGUGAGUAUGGAUGUUACCCUGUAAGGUGGCUGCAGCGAUUGGUAAUUAACUUCUCCCAAGAUUCCCAAGAGGGAAUCACCUCUUAGUGUUUUGUGGGUUCGGUCCAGUGAGGAAUUGCAACACACACUUGUGGAAAAACGUGUCUGUAGAAACUUCCAAGUGCAUCAGACUGUCAGCCAACUGAUGACCGGACCACACCACAAGGAGAGGCUCAUGCUGCGUUAUGAUAGACAGUCAUAGCAAUGUGUAGUACAUUCAGAAAUACUCUGAUACAGUCAGAGAGUGCUUUGAUGUACACUAGUGAGUGCUUACAUGUACAUACAUCUACAUGUUUGGCAGAAUAUGAUGUCUGUUCUGAUGUGACAUUGAGCACCAAUGUAAGUGUACAUGUACCCACAUUUGUACCCUGAGAAGCUCGGCCUGUGCAGGUCACAUUAUCCCGGGAAAUAUAGCACACCUGGCCAUAUCACAGAGUGUGACCUGCUUAGCUACCUCUCAUGUACUUGGCUGAUUAAUUUCAAUAACUAAUCAAAGAGGAAUUUUGUUGUUGAAUUUGACGGGUUACAAGUUUGGUAAGGAGGGGAUUCUUUGCUUAAUCCAGCUAAAUGGGUUAAUUUUCUGCCCAGGUUAAACUUGGCAAGGAAAUACCCUUUUUUUUUUUUUUUUAGGUGAUUUUGCGAUAAAAUUCGAAUUUUGAGAUUGGGUUUCAUCGUCCAAAGCAUUUUUCAGAGUGUGAUGUUUAAACAAAAGAGUCGAUUGACUGAAUCCGAGUCAAAAGUCCUGGUAUUUUUAUGGAUAAUUGGUGUUUUACUUGAUGUUUAAACUUUCUUUCUGGCAUGUACAUAAACUUUUUACAUACAUCAUUAACCAAUAUUAAGCCUGAGUGUUCCAUUAAGUGUGUCAAACCUCAGUCAAUCAUUCAUUACUGCCAGCAAGACAGCAGUCUGUGUACAUGUAUAUACAUAAUGAAAUGGAAAUCUGAAAACAAGUCAGUCAAGCACAAACUUUUUUUUGAUGUCAGUGUAACAUAUGAGAAUGAAUGUAACAUAUGAGAAUCAAUGUAUUCAAGUUCAACAUUAAAAGAGGCACAACCCGUUACAGCUAAAUUGUAGUCCCUCAAAAGUGAUGAUAGUAUUUCCUCUGAAUUCAUCCUCUAAAAAGGUUGUAUUCUGACAACAAUUGUAUUUUAGGGUGAUAAUGUCUAAAAGGAGCAGCAGCAGCCAUUGUGUGUCAUGUGAUUUACAUCACAUGGCUACUGUGAGCACUCGGGGGUUUCUUACAGCCAUAAACCUCACUGCCAUCAUUGAAGUAAAAACAUUUUUGAGCACGGCAUUAAACAACUAUCAGAUAGAUAGAUAAUUCGCUUCACAGAGGAAGGUCACAAUGUGGACAUAUAUGUAAUGUUGUGAUCAGGAAAUCUGCACAUACUAAGCGGACGUACUGAAUCUCGGGGUAGGACGCCCCAAAUCUGACACCCCAAAACAGACCUCAACCCACUGUUCAGGACAACUGUGACAGACACCGUGGCCUUACUUCACUGGUUAUUUCAGGGGAGCGUGUGGUGGGGGGGGGGUCUCGGAGUGGUGAUAUUUCGUGUCGCGGUGUACAAGAGCAAGUGUUCAAUCAGUGUACGUAUGUCGGGAGAACAUGUUGAAAGCGUCCGUUACUUUCAUGCAGGUCCUUGUGAUGUACACUUCAUUUGUGACAGGCACACAUUUGCAUGUGUUGUACACUUCAUUUGUGACAGGCACACAUUUGCAUGUGUUGUAUACUUCAUUUGUGCUUAUUUUAGCUUUAAGCGCAGAUGUUAGGUCUGUCAUGUGAGGAUGAAUUAGAUAAUGAUUUUAGGCUACUGAUAUCUGUAUGCUGUACACUAAAUAAAAGAGCGGUGGAAAUCCGUCCUGCAACAAGGAGGCACAUUACACAUGCAUGCACCCUAAAGAUUCCUUCGUCGUCAUAUGACUGAAAAAUUGUUGAGUACGACGUUAAACCCCAAGCACUCACUCACUCACUCACUCUGUAUGCUGUACUGCCCUAUUUGAGUGAAAGAUCCACCCAAAGCCUUGGUCCAUAAAUAGCUGACACCAAAACAAGGCUGUCAUGAUGUAAAGAGAGUUUUGCCAACGGCCAGUCAGAAAGCUACCUCUGAACAAAUGGCGGUGGUGUGCAUUUGACCCUACAUGUCAGGUCAAGCCUCUGGACUACUAAAUCAGAAUGAGAACUCUUUCUAUGCUACAGCUGUUAUGUAGCAGACAGUAAAGACCAACUUUGUUCCACAAGGCACCAUGCAGAAUGGCUCACUGAAAUAGUUGAAAAUUUUGUAAAUACGCCUUAAAGGCUAAUUAAUUGAACUACCUUGACAUCAAUUGAUUUUUAAAGUUUCUUUAUUAGGGUUUCGUAUUCAGUCAUGGAGAGAUGGAGGCAAUAAGCAGUCGUCAGCAUUCGUGUGGUCUUUCAUGAAAUUCGUUGGACAUUACUUGCCUUCCACCAGUAUCACAAACUUAAUGGUAUCUUUGGGUGAAUAUCUGCUUGUCACAUGUGGAAAAAUUUUUCAGCUACUUUGCCAAAGAUUGGUGCUUUACAAUGGGUAUGUCAGGUUUCUUCUCCUGCAAAGUUGACCGUUGUUGUAAUGCAUAGGUAACACAUUAGUGGAUAAGGCAUUGAACAACAAUGAAAUAAAUAAAGAAACAAAUGUAUUCUCUUGUUGACUGAAGAUUUGCAGUUUGUAAUAUUUUAUUAGUGAAGCUUUGAGCCACUUGCUUCCAGCCUGCCUUUUAAAUAUAUUCAUGUGCUAUAUUUGUAUCGUCUUUGACUGUGAUAAUAGCUCUAGUUUUAUGUCUACUAUGCAUUGUUGUUGUUGUCCUUUAUGCUUUACUAGCAGUGUAGUGUUAAACCUCAGUCAUUCAUGUUGGAUGGUCAUUUUACCUGGCACACAAUAAAAUGUAAAGUUGUUGUUUGGGGUAGGCCUAUAAUGACAUAUCCAUUUGUCCUGUACAGGUAUGUAGUAUUGACAGUCACUUUUUCCGCACAGAAAAUGGGGCACAGGAGGAACACUUACCUAGCACUGGUUGGCCUGGUGUCAGUAUAAUGGGACUGGGCGUGGGAGCGUGGUGUCUGGGUCUGAGGCAUCCCACUCAUGCAGCACUAUAAAUGUGUCAGGAUUGCUUCUGGCCUGCUACAAGGAGACAUUGUCAUGAUAUGACUGAAAUUUUGUUGAAAGCAACAUUAAACAAACAAAAUAAGCAAGCAAACAUAGAAAGUAUUUUUGGCUGUUCACCGUAAGUGUGUAGAUUGUAAUCAGUCCUGACAAGCACUCUCUAGGCCCUCUUACCACUAAUACAGGUUCUUACAAGCACUCUCUCGGACCUCUCACCACUAAUACAGGUUCUGACAAGCACUCUCUUGGCCCUCCUACCACUAAUACAGGUUCUGACAACCACUCUCUCGGCCCUCUCACCACUAAUACAGGUUCUGACAACCACUCUCUUGGCCCUCUCACCACUAACACAGAUUCUGACAAUCACUCUCUCGGCCCUCUCACAACUAAUACAGGUUUUGACAACCACUCUCUCGGCCCCCCACCACUAAUACAGGUUCUGACAACCACUCUCUUGGCCCUCUCACCACUAAUACAGGUUCUGACAAGCACUCUCAGCCCUCUCACCACUAAUACAGGUUCUGACAACCAUUCUCUGGGCCCUCUCACAACUAAUACAGGUUCUGACAACCACUCUCGGCCCCCCACCACUAGUACAGGUUCUGACAACCACUCUCUCGGCCCUCUCACCACUAAUACAGGUUCUGACAACCACUCUCAGCCCUCUCACCACUAAUACAUUUUCUGACAACCACUCUCUCACCCCUCUCACCACUAAUACAGGUUCUGACAAUCACUCUCUCGCCCCUCUCACCACUAAUACAAGUUCUGACAGCCACUCUCACAACUGAUAUAAGUUCUGACAGCCACUCUCUCGGCCCUCUCACCACUAAUACAGGUUCUGACAACCGCUCUCUUGGCCCUCUCACCACUAAUACAGAUUCUGACAACCACUCUCUCGGCCCUCUCACCACUAAUACAGGUUCUGACAACCACUCUCAGCCCUCUCACCACUAAUACAGUUUCUGACACCCACUCUCUCGGCCCUCUCACCACUAAUACAGGUUCUGACAACCACUCUCUUGGCCCUCUCACCACUAAUACAGGUUCUGACAACCACUCUCUCGGCCCUCUCACCACUAAUACAGGUUCUGACAGCCACUCUCUCGGCCCUCUCACCACUAAUACAGGUUCUGACAACCGCUCUCUUGGCCCUCUCACCACUAAUACAGAUUCUGACAACCACUCUCUCGGCCCUCUCACCACUAAUACAGGUUCUGACAACCACUCUCAGCCCUCUCACCACUAAUACAGUUUCUGACACCCACUCUCUCGGCCCUCUCACCACUAAUACAGGUUCUGACAACCACUCUCUUGGCCCUCUCACCACUAAUACAGGUUCUGACAACCACUCUCUCGGCCCUCUCACCACUAAUACAGGUUCUGACAACCAUUCUCUCAUCCCUCUCACCACUAAUACAGGUUCUGACAAGCACACUCUCGGCCCUCUCACCACUAAUACAGGUUCUGACAAGCACUCAGCCCUCUCACCACUAAUACAGGCUAGUUAAUACAUGUACGACCCUGUGCCACAAAGCCAUCAUAGGCUAUAACAGUGGUAAUAAGUCAGUUAAGCCUUCUGUUGCUGGUGAAAGAACUCCCAGGUAUAUCCUGUUUGUACUAAAUCAGUGAACAAGAUGUCAAGAUUGCGAAGACCACAGAAUCAAGGUACGUGCAGAUGUAGGAGGUUAUCAGCGUAGCUAUAAAACUGCCUAACAUGGACUGUUUGAGUGGAUUGUUUUCCUGUGUUUGAAUAUUAGACAGGCCAAACCUGUUAAAAAUUUACUAGAAUAUUGGAGAGUUCUGGUGACGUUAAGGUAUCUGCACAGUGAUAGCUACCAUAAGCAGUCCGAAGAUUAUAUAAAAUUACAUUUAUUUGGCCUGUGACAAACAAGUGUUAUAUUUGAUAAUUGUAAACAAAGAAUUAAACAAUGUGCAUGUAGAAUCAAUCUGACACAGAGGGCAAAAUCAUGUGUGCCAAAAUACUGCUGGUUCGGAUGUUGUGGUUUCAUUCGUUAGAGACAUGCUGCUAGUAGUGGGUAUUCUUUUGUGCAUUACAAUCUGCAAAAAGCACUUUUUUAUUCCCCACUGGCAAAUGCCGUGGAGGCAUCUUGAUUUUUUGACGUGUCUGAGAAGUGGGAACAUGUGGAUGUGUGGACUCCCGAGUUUGGUUAGCAGGAAUUCUCCAAAGCUUAUUAACAUGAGCUCUGACAGACACAUUUGGUACACAUAUAUGCACACCAUGAGUAGGAGGGGUCAAAUUGUGUCCCAGUUUGCAGAUUUUAAACGUAGAUGCAAAUUUUUAACUGUGUACGCGAUUUCUCCAUGUAAUUAGCUUUAUGAAAUGAUUAAGUUUGGAACACACUAUUGUUACACGGUGUUGAUAAACUUGUCAGGUUCUUUAAGUAAACAGUGCUUGAAAUUUUCUAUUUUUCCCACAUUUUUGCUAAUUUUGGAGUUUGGAUAUCUCGGUAUUCACCAGCUACAAGUUACAUAUUUGCUUGUACUGACAACACUGUUACAUAUUUGCUUGUACUGACAACACUGUUACAUAUUUGCUUGUACUGGCAACAUUUAUACACAUGAAAGUUUGUGUUGCUGAGAUGGCUUCUCUGUUGAUUACCAAAUUAAGCUUUAGUACAGGAUGUUUGCGAGUGAAACCGAUACAUGGGGAAUCAUGCACGUCACGACACAAACCGAUGGAACAACAGAAAUAUACUUUGUAGUCAUUGGUUUUAAACUCGUUCGUUUACUUGUUUGUACAUACAUAUAUAUGUAAAUUAAGAUUUUACUGUGAGUGUUCAGUUUUUGUUUUCAGGUGUUGUAAUGAGAUUCAGUACAUACCUGUAACUAUGUGUAGCCAUCGUCUGAGUGCUACUACUCUACUGUAAGUGCAUGGCAGCUGCCAUAAGGCCUCAGUAGGUGCAUGUUUGUGUUUGAACAGCCUGGCCCAUGUAUGUACGUAGGCCAGCUCUGAUCCUUUUGGGUGCUGGGAAACUCUCAUUACACAAUUUUGUAAUUCGAUUUUAUGUUGAAGGGAAUAUGUAGAUUAUGUACGAGAAUUUGACAUUGUGAUUAGAAGGCUUGGUGAAGUGGGUUAUGUUCUUUAGGCUUCUUUACCCCAUUUCUUCUAAAUUUUGGGACACCUGGUCUGUUCAUUUUAGCCUAUAUAUAUAUAUGUAACUGUAGCAGAAAUAUUGAGUUUCUUUUUUUCUCACGUGCUUAGACUAUCUAAUGAACAAUAUACUCAUAUCUUUACUUUUCCAUAUGGAUGAGGAAGAAAUGUAAUAUUCUACUUUCAACACUACUAAUAUCUGUCCCAAAAAUUAGAAGAAUUAAGGUAGUUUAAUACCCUGGUUAAGGGCCCAUUAUCAGUGAGGUUGCAAGAUUAGAUCCAGGCUUGACUGGUUCAUCUUAAGCUUUAUAAACAGGUAAAUUGUGGCGGCUUGGCUAUCAAGUGUUCAGGGAUAAACCUGAAAAAUCAUAUUAGUGAUAGGUGGAAAUUGAAAAAUACAACUAUAAAUCAGUGAGAGAUAGUUCAGGUGGAAGAAAGUGUCUUCAUCUGGCUUCUGAUUCCCCAUUUUUCUAACACAGUAUUUCAUGUUGGUCUUUCUCUGUAUGUAAGUAAAUGCUGUCGUCAUUUCCCAUACAUAUGUGUCACUUGCUUUCCAACAGGAUGGAUCAAUUAACGUAUUUGACACAUAAAAAUUCGUCCAGCACUAAGUUACACAUAUUUUUGAGAGUUCUAUGGAUCUUAGAAUGGUGUUUUGAGAUGAUUGUUGUUCUUUUUUUUUUUUUUAUGAAGUAAUAUUUUAUGAACCUGUCUGAAAAUGUACUUACUGGGAAGGAAUAUUUAGGUCUAAUACAAUAUGUGCAGGCACAGUCAAUACGGAGAAUGGUUAUCUGGCACAGGCAGCACUGUAGUGCAAUGCUUCCAAUAGAAAUGCAUCAACAGCAGGACGCGCUGAUGUUUUUAUAAUGAUAUGGGAACCCCAUGUUUGUGGAUAUACACAUUAUUUACAUAUGUUUUAUUAGUGGCAUGCCUUUUUAAAGUUUGAUGAGUUUGUUAGAUUGUUUGAAGACUAUCUGUAACAUUUAUUUGACAGUGUAAAUGUAGCAUGAAUGAGGCAUGAUUGUUUGAUUGCUUGAUUGCGAUCCUCUUAUUCGCUGUGGAUCUCCAAUGCAAGAUUCUUGUCUUGUGUACAUGUAAGAAGAAAUACGGGCAGUUUUCUGGUGAGCAAGACGAAUUUCCCUCACACCUUUGACAUCAAAGUGAAGGUUCAACUGUCAUCCAUAUUGUGAAAGCCUAUUUUUCCCUGUUCUCUGGUAGUAGCCGACUUUGAUGAAAGAGCAUUGUUAGUCAUGUAUAGCCCAGGGUAUGCUUUCAUUUUCACGCCAGUAGAAAGCCUCUCAGAAGAAAACAAACGUUCUCAUAUUUCUUAUGAAAACAUUUGUUAAAAUGAAAAUUGUUUUUAAUGAGUGUACCAGUGUGUGUUCCUCCAUUUCUAUUCCCUUUUCCUUGCAAUACCACAUCAUGUCACCCAGGUUGAGAAAAGCAUCACAAGUGAAUGAAAACUUCAUGAUUGAUAUCUGAUACCUCAAACUCCUCAGUUUUGUUAAGAUACAACUGCUGACUUUUAUUCUUAGCCCAAGUUACCAAAAUAAUACGUAUAAGCAAAUCAUAAUUUUACAUCACAAGAUAUUUCUGUAAACGUUAAUGUUUAUAACCUUUUUUAUUCUACUAUUUUGUGGAAAAAAAUUUGACCUGUAAUUGUUUUAUGUGAUGUCAUGUUUUCUGAAAUGUAUGAGUUUGAUGCAAACGUAACUUAACACAAAACAUCUCUGAAAUUCAGUGUCCACAAUUUUGUUUUCUCUGCUCUCGUGUAAUGGUGUAAUGUUCAUAAGGUAUAAUGUUCACAGAUGUGUUUGUGACAUUUCAUUUAUUGCACAUGUACAAAAUAAUCACGUAUCUACUUCCUUGUUAAUUUUAUCAUUGAAAUAAUAAUAAUAUUGAUGCAGUGUGCUUUUACAUACAUGUGCCAGAUUAAGCUUUUAAAGCUUCCAGGCUAUGUGGGGUUUUGUUAUUGAUAUAAAUUGUCCAUCCUGCUUUGUUAAAUGUUUUUAUUGUGGUAUGACAUACCACAGUCGAGCUGACAUUAACUGUAUUAAAACAUGGUUA